GGCUUAACUGGUUGCUCCUCAUAAAAGGAAGAGCAGGAACCAGAGCUGGAGCUCUGGAACAACUAUGCUAAGAAACAAGUGGAUAGAAGGCAAACUGUGGGAAAUCCUUUUGUCACAAAGGCUCUGAGAAGCAUGUGAGCUACUCCAACAACGCAACACCGGUAGCAACGAGGAAAGCGAGAGUACUCCCAGAGGAACACUGGAAAACUACAGAACAGGGUCUUCUGGGGCCAGGAAAUGAGGUUCAAUGAAUGGGAAAUAUGAGUGAAUGGCAGAGGAAAAGUCCUUUAGAGUGGCAGACUUAUGUGAACAAAGAAGUAAAAGUCACAGCUGCAGAGAAACAUGAAUACAAAGGAUGGGUCUUAACAAUUGACCCGGUUUCUGCAAAUGUUGUCCUAGUGAAGCUCAUGGAGGAUGGAAAAGUAUGUGUCUCAGUCAUCUUGGGUCACGCUGUACAGAAAGUUGAAAUAGUGAAUGAAGGGGAUGAUGAAAUGAAGGAGCGGCUUGCUCACCUAUUCAUGCCAGAAGAGAGCAGAGUUUAUGGCCACGAAGAACUGGAGAAGAGGAAGAGCAGCCUGAAGACUUGGCUGGAGACCAAUCACAUCCCUGUAACAGAACAAGGCGAGUCACAAAGAACACUGUGUGUGGCAGGUGUAUUAACUAUCGACCCACCAUAUGGGCCAGAAGAUUGUAGCAGCUCCAAUGAAAUUAUUCUAUCUAGAGUCCAGAGCUUGAUAGAAGGCCAUCUUGCACCACAGUAGUAAUGGACAAGUUGACAAACGCUUCUCAUCUAAAACUCUUCUCUUCUCUUCAAACGGGGAGGUGCUCUUUUCCCCUUAAAUUUAGAAUUGUUCUAUGCUAUUGGUUGACUUGAUUUUUCACUGACUGGUGUGAGGGUAAGCAGUACUGUUGUGUGUUACCCACUCUGGCUGAUUCUGUAUGUGAGGGAACAGAUCGUGGAACAGUCUUAUUAUAACUGAAAGCAGGAAGCAUAUGUACUGCCUAAUAUUUUGUAUAAAAAAAGUUAUUUGGUAUGAAUGACAUUUUA